AUGGAGACAACCAACGGGAAAGGAAUUACUAUUGCGAUAGAUAGAGGGGGCACAUUCACCGACUGUGUGGGCAACCCUGGCACAGGAAAAUCAGAAGAUGACAUGGUGAUUAAAUUGCUCUCGGAAGAUCCAAGCAAUUACGAGGAUGCACCACUCGAAGGAAUCCGGCGGAUCCUCUCCAAGUUCACCGGUCGUGAGAUUCCGCGUAGAGAACCUAUGGACACAUCGCUGAUCCAAAGUAUUCGCAUGGGAACUACCGUUGCAACCAAUGCGUUGCUUGAGCGCAAGGGCGAGAUCAUCGCCCUAGUGGUCAGUAAGGGCUUUCGAAAUUGCCUUCAAAUUGGGAACCAGUCGCGCCCUCGUAUAUUCGACCUGGCCAUCAAGCGGCCUGAUGUACUAUACAAAGAGGUCAUAGAGAUCGAUGAGCGAGUGACACUCGAAGACUACACCGAAGACCCCGAGCGGAGAAGUACGGAGACACUUCCUCGAGACCGUGCUGAAGCGGACGCUGAAGUGGUACGCGGCCUCUCGUCCGAGGCUAUUCGCGUGUUGAAACGCCCCGAUGAAAAGACUGUAAGAUCACAGUUGCAGCAGGUGUACGACCGUGGGAUCCGGAGUAUAGCUGUGUGUCUUAUGCAUGGCUACACGUUUCCCGACCAUGAAGCCUUGGUUGGGCGACUGGCGACGGAGAUUGGUUUCCAUCAUGUCAGCUUGAGCCAUCAGCUCAUGCCAAUGAUCAAGCUGGUACCAAGAGCAACCUCUGCAUGUGCGGACGCAUAUCUGACUCCAACAAUCAAAAAGUACAUUUCUGGCUUUCAAGCUGGCUUCAACAGCAGCCUUGGAAGCGAGAGUGUGAAGCAUGAAGCAGGCCCACGUGGAGCACGGUGCGAAUUUAUGCAGUCAGAUGGCGGCCUGGUUGAUGUUGAUCAAUUCUCCGGUCUCCGAGCCAUCCUUUCCGGGCCUGCUGGUGGCGUUGUCGGUUAUGCGUUGACCUCCUACGACCCAGUGUCAAAAAUCCCGGUCAUUGGGUUCGACAUGGGUGGGACGAGCACCGAUGUUAGUCGAUAUGGUUCAGGCCGCUAUGAACACGUCUUUGAGACGACCACGGCGGGAGUAACCAUACAGUCCCCUCAGCUGGAUAUCAACACGGUUGCCGCUGGUGGUGGCUCACGACUGUUCUUCCGUAAUGGAUUAUUUGUCGUUGGACCAGAGUCAGCCAGUGCUCAUCCAGGUCCUGCGUGCUAUCGUAAAGAUGGCCCACUGACUGUCACCGACGCCAACCUUUUCUUAGGCAGAAUUGUUCCUGAUUUCUUCCCCAAGAUCUUUGGCCCUCACGAGAACGAGGGUCUGGAUGAGCAAGUUAGUAGACGUCUCUUUGAGCAGCUCACUGAAGAGAUCAACCAAGGGCUGGGCAAUGGAGACAACAGCAAGUCUAUGACCCCGGAUGAAGUUGCAUUCGGUUUCAUUAAGGUUGCCAAUGAAGCCAUGACCAGGCCCAUCCGGUCUUUGACUGAAGCCAAAGGUCACGAUACAUCAAAGCAUCGACUAGCAACCUUUGGUGGCGCUGGCGGGCAGCAUGCUGUGGCUAUCGCCGAAAGCUUGGGCAUCCGACAGAUUUUGAUUCACCGCUAUUCAUCUGUGCUAUCUGCAUAUGGCAUGGCGUUGGCCGAUGUCGUGGAUGAGCUACAAGAACCGGAAUCGAGAACCUGGGGAAACGAUUCGAGUGUCCGAGAUCUGCUGAUGGAAAGACUUGACGAAUUAAAGAAGCGAUCUACAAAGAGAUUGAAGGAGCAAGGCUUCGACGACGACUCCAUUGUCUUUGAAGAGUAUUUGAAUAUGCGAUACCGCGGCACAGAGUCACCUUUGAUGAUUCUCAAGCCCAGCAAAGAAGAAGCAGAUGAAGCCUAUGAUGGCGACGAAUGGGCCUUUGGUAAGGCAUUUGUACGGCAACACGAGCAAGAAUUUGGCUUCACCUUACCUGAUCGAGAUAUCAUCGUGGAUGAUGUUCGAGUACGGGGCAUUGGCAAAAGCUUCAAGAUAUCAGAGAAGACAGUCGAUCAGCAGCUGCAAGAGUUGAAGCCAAAGGAUGUAGUAGGAAAAGAGUAUCGGAAAACACAGGUAUAUUUUGAAGGGGGUCGACGUGAUACACCAAUCUACCGGCUCGACAAUCUGCAAAUCAAUGACCGCGUCAAAGGGCCGGCUAUCCUUGCCGAUGAGACUCAAACCAUUGUUGUACCUCCUGGCGCCUCCGCCCUUAUUCUCAAGACCCAUGUUGUCAUCAACGUUGGCAACUUAGACUCAGCUGGGCCGCAGGUCAAGACCGACACUGUUGAUCCUAUUUUACUCAGCGUCUUCUCACAUCGUUUCAUGGCCAUCGCAGAGCAGAUGGGCCGUGCUCUACAAAAGACAAGCGUCAGCACCAAUGUCAAAGAGCGACUCGACUACUCUUGUGCAUUGUUCGAUCCAGAGGGGGGGCUGGUUGCUAACGCACCCCAUCUACCAGUUCACCUCGGCAGCAUGUCGACUUGUGUGCGGAUGCAGGCAGAGAUCUGGCGUGGCAAACUCAAGCCAGGUGACGUGAUCGUUUCCAAUCACCCCGAAUUCGGAGGCACUCAUUUGCCCGACAUCACGGUGAUUCAGCCGGCCUUUAAUCAGGGCAAAAUCAUCUUCUACGUCGCUUCGAGAGCACAUCAUGCGGAUAUCGGGGGUAUUCUACCUGGCUCAAUGCCGCCCCAUUCGAAAGAACUCUAUCAAGAGGGUGCCGCCAUCAAGAGUGAAAAGUUGGUCUCCGAGGGCAAAUUCAAUGAGAAGCGUAUCACGGAACUCCUAUACCAAGAGCCCGCGCAGUAUCCCAAUUGUAGCGGGACUCGCUGCCUAGCAGACAACUUGAAUGACCUCAAGGCUCAAAUAGCCGCUAACAAGAAGGGAAUCAACCUGAUCAACACUUUGAUUGACGAAUACGGCGAGGACGUGGUGCUUUUCUACAUGCACCAAAUUCAGAAUAACGCAGAGCUCAGCGUUCGGAAUCUGUUAAAGGGGAUUAACGAUAGAUUUUCAGGUCCAAAGCUGAGUGCGGUGGAUUACAUGGAUGAUGGAACACCAAUCCAAUUGAAAAUUACCAUUGAUGCAGACAAAGGGGAAGCGGUCUUCGAUUUUACUGGUACCGGGCCAGAAGUUUAUGGAAAUACCAAUGCACCCGAGGCAGUUACGUACUCUGCGAUCAUUUAUUGCCUGCGAUGUCUCAUCUCUGCCGAUAUUCCCCUGAAUCAGGGCUGUCUCAAGCCUAUCACUGUCCGUAUCCCGCCAAAAAGUCUGCUAUCGCCGUCCGAAACGGCAGCAGUGGUAGGAGGCAAUGUUCUUACGAGCCAACGAGUCACCGAUGUGAUUUUGAAAUGCUUCCAGGCGUGUGCUGCUUCUCAAGGGGACACGAACAAUCUCACUUUUGGAUUUGGAGGUAAUCUCCAAGGAGAGACCGAGACCAAGGGCUUCGGAUAUUACGAGACCAUCGCCGGUGGGAGCGGAGCCGGAAAGGACUGGGAAGGAACUUCUGGCGUACACACGCACAUGACAAACACACGGAUUACUGACGCCGAGGUCUUUGAACGAAGAUAUCCCGUUAUCCUUCGAGAAUUCAGCCUUCGACCAGACUCUGGAGGCGCUGGCCAACACCGAGGUGGAGAUGGAGUUGUCCGCGAUAUUGAGUUCAGAAUUCCCGUCCAGGUUUCAAUUCUGUCUGAACGCCGCGUCUACCAUCCCUAUGGGCUAGCAGGUGGCCAAGACGGUCAAUGUGGCCAGAACCUGUGGAUACGACGGGUCAAGAAAGCCGAUGGAGGAUGGGAAGAAAGAAUGAUUAAUCUUGGGGGGAAGAAUUCUGUUGAGAUGCAACCGGGCGAGCGCAUCAUCAUCCGGACUCCAGGUGGAGGUGGCUGGGGUCAAGUUGGAGAACAACAUCAACUUGUCCAUAAGGUUGAUGCUCGCCAUGCCUGGCGAGGUGGCUCCCUUGCUACCCGCCAAGCGCUGCAAGAAGCGAGCAUGUGA